UAAAACCAUGGGGGUUUGUAGCUUAUAUACCUAUGCUUGGUAGAAGAUGGGAGUAUGCUUGAGAAUCUUUGUAGCAAGUUUUUGCCAUGAGCAACCCACCUGCUCAGUUUUCCAACAGACCCUUUGAUUUCCUCCUUCAAAACCAAAAGUCAGCACCCAACUUCUUCAAUUCUCAAUCUCAGAAUCCUCAUCCCCAAAACCCCAAUCCUCUUCCUCCACCUGAUCUGUCUGCCACACUCUCAUCCCUCAAUUCCCUCAUUCAAUCCUCUCAGCAGACCCUUCACUCCCUCUCCUCUCUAUUCCCUCUCCAAACCUCGAAUUCCAGCAAUUCCAAUGGCUUCGUUGCCUGCCCUUUCGACCCCCACCAUCUCAUGCACCCUGAAUCCCUCUUCGCUCACUCCCACCGGUGCCCUUCCUCUCCUUACCCUCGUAGUGAUGACAAUUUCUCACAUCUCAGUUAUGUGGAAAAAACCCACAAAUCCGCUGACCAAUCUCGAGCUGAAACCGCUUUCCUUCGAACGCUUCGUGGGUCUGAUGCUGAGGAGCUCUGCUUCUCUUUGGAUGAUUAUUAUGCUUAUUUUGGAUCCAAUUUCUUCUACCGUGACUGCCCUGGUGCUGUUAAUAUGUCUGCUAUGGAUGGUGCUAGCAGGGCUUUCGCACUUCCUGCUAUAUUGUCUGUCCAAUGUGCGAAUUUUGUGGACAAUGAGGACAGAAAGAUGAGGAGCUUCGACAAUGAGCGUUUGAAGAUUCUUCCUUCAGAGUUAUGGGAUAUAAAAGGUGAGGUUGAAUCUUGGGGUGAGUAUCCUUGUGUUUACUCUUACCGUACUCUCUAUGCCAUAUUGGGGUUGGAUAGUCUUACAGAAUGUAAUUUGGCAAGAAGGGUAAUUUCGAAUUCUCCUCGAUAUGGGGUUGUGAUCGAUGUGGCUAUAAGGGAUCAUAUAGUUUUGCUUUCUAGACUGUGCUUGAAGGCAAUUAGGAUGGAAGCUUUGACUUUGGUGAACAAGCAUGUGACAGAGAUGGUUUCAGAUAGUAAAAGUUUUAACUGUCCCAUCCUGGUUCAAGCUUUGAUGUGGUUGGCAUCUCAGCUUUCUAUUCUGUAUGGAGAAAUGAAUGGGAAGUUAUUUUCCAUUAACAUUCUCAAGUGGUGUAUAUUGGAUGCUGCAUCUGGUUUGUUGAUUUUCCCAUUGGAGCGGAAGGAGACAGAGGAUCAUGGUUUAAAAGAGGUUCUACAGGGAUUGGAUGCCAAACCUAGAGAGCCGCUUGAAGAAAGCUCAAAUGGCGAACAGAAUAGUAUAGCAAAUGAAAGUGUGAUGGGCAGGGUUGUUUUUGUGUCCCAGGUGGCAACAGCCAUUGCAGCACUGCAUGAAAGAUCCUUGCUUGAAGAAAAGAUUAAGGGACCACACAUUUCUCAACCGCUUGCUUUAUAUCAACGGAUAGCCGAGCAUGAUUAUGUGUCAAACAGAGCAAAUGAAGAGCGGAAAAAUCGUCCUCAGUAUAGACCUAUAAUCGACCAUGAUGGACUUCCUCGACGGCUGUCAUAUAGCCAGGAUACAAGCAAGUCUAAGACUAGAGAGGAGUUAUUGGCAGAAGAAAGGGAUUACAAGCGGCGAAGAAUGUCAUAUCGUGGUAAAAAGGGGAAGCGGACAACUCUAGAGGUUAUGAGGGAUCUUAUAGAGGAUUAUACGGAUGAAAUCAAGCAAGCUGGAGGAAUUGGGUGCUUUGAGAAGGAAACUGAUGGAGGAGCCUUUCCAUCAGAAUCACGUUAUGCUUCUGAUGUCACCACGGAUGUUGACAAGCCAACAAAAAUCAAUUAUGGCUCAUCUACAGCAGGAAGUGGCCCAAAUCAUUUCAAAAAACAAUUGCAAUCUAAUUAUAGCGUCCAAUCUAUAGGUGAUUAUGAAGAACCAAGUAGAGGUUUUCAUGAUAACCACGGAUUUCAAGUAGAUCAGAGAAGUGUCAGUAGGCAUAGACGUGAUCGAGAGUAUUAUUCUAGGAGCCCUGAAAAACGCAGGAGUCAUGGCCAGUCACAUGGGCAGACUCGUCAUCAAGAGGAGGGAAAUGAUUUGGAGGUGAUUGGAACCAAGCAUUAUGAUAUUAAGCGGCAAUCUUCUAGCAUGUCCAAGCGUCAUAGAUCAACUUCAUCUGUGGGGAAUUCUCACCACAGCUCAAAAGUUAAGGAUAGAGACACCUAUAAGAAUCAUGGGUCGCAAACUACGUUCGAGGAUAGAUAUAUUCCUUCAAAAUAUCAUGGCAUAAGUGAAGAUGAUGUCUCAACUAACAGCAACUAUAGCAAACCAGAUAAAUUGUAUGUCAAAAAUUACCAAGAGCUACCAAGUAACCAUACUUCAGCGGAGCAGUUUCCUGAUUAUCAUGAGCAAUCAGAGUAGUUUUACCUUAUGGAUACGAAGUCAUCAUGCUUCAGCAAUUUUAUUUACACCAGUAUCCUCCUUUUGUAUCCUUGACUGUUCUGUUUCAUGUUACAGUUCAUUUUCAAUAUUGCUAUUCAUACUUUGCUUCUUUACUGUUUUCUUUCUGUAUGCGAUUGUAGAAUUAAUGCAAAUAGUCAUGUCAUCAUUUAUAUACUUUUGCCUAAAAUGUUUAUACCUGUUCUCAUCGUCAAGAUAUUUGUUGUCAUCAUUUAGAUCUCGGUAUCAGUUGAGGAACUGUUAACUGCAUUAAUUGGCAUCAGCAAAUUGUAUAAUUAUUACUGUGAUGAUUCACUUAGUGGAGUUUCUUUCAGGUAUGAACAGAAAUUCUUUUAUUCAAUGUUGUGAAUUAAAUGAUUCAAAACUAGAAACUUAAGAGGAUUCAUGUAUUGGGGUUAAAAAUAGUUAGGUUUCCUGGAGAGAUGCAUGCCUUUAACAGUCAUGCAAAUUCAGCGGGGACAAAUGGAUUCAUUUUUUUUAUUUUAUUUUUUUCUUUUGGUCAUGAAUUGAAAUAUCUAAAUUUUAUUAUCUAAAUUCAUCUUUUUUGGUGAAUAAUAUCUAAAUGUAUCUGAUAUACUGUUAUUGUGGUCUCACAUGUGACAUGUCUGCAGUUGUGAGACUAGUUUUUCACUCUAAGUCUUUAUUCCUUUAUCCUCUUACCUUUGUUUUCCUGAAGUUUCUCUUGUCUUUGCUUGUCAAGUAUACAUCUUAAAAUAGUUUGCCCAAAAAAGUAAAAAAAAUAAAAAUAAAAGGUACAUCUUAUAAUAAGCUUCGUUGUUCAAACUUUAUUGGUUAGGAUUUGCUUAAUCCAUAGUGAUUUUGAAAUUUGGGUUUUUUUUCAGAAACAGGUAGGUAGAGUCAAAACAAUAUUAAUGUUUAAUUGUUAGAAUGCCUUCUUUCAUUAAACCCUGUAUUUUUCCUCCUUCUUUGGCCAAUGGUCACAAGACCAUAUUCUUUACCAGGUUGACCUAUCUAUUUACCAGGAUUUGACCACUUUUCUAAAGAAUGUAAAAAUCAAUGCCGUCCUGUUAUAUUGGCAUAGGGUGCACCACAGAGAAAUCUUUAGAAAGCUCAAAAAGUUGCAGCAAGACUAUGUAAAAUGAUGGUUUUUCAUUCAUGCAUGUCUGUAAUACGACACAACACAUGUUUACUGAUAACAGUGCAAUGUUGGAUCAAGGAUUAUUUAAGUGUAGUUUUCUCUUUUGACGUUAAGUCAUUCCUUAAUCCUAGAUGCAAGUAUUUACAACAUUAGGAGAGAAAGCUAUAUAUGUUCUAUAAGCAUUCUUAAUUAUUAGUACGGAGUAUUACAGGACUUUUGACUGUAUAUGUAUUGUUUUUGUGUGACGGCACUUCUACAAUAUUUUUGAAGUAAGAUGGUGUUUCAUGCACAUUUAUAGCUGAUGUCAUUGUCAUAUUCUAAGUAAAAUUUCAUGUCUCAUUUGUGUCUAUAGCUGUGAAACAUUCUAACUGAUAUGCUUUUAUCCAUAUUUUGCUAAAAUAACAGAAUAUAUGAAACAAUAUACAAGAUUUUGACAAAGGCUGGUGAGGCAUUGCCUAAGAUAGCAAAUGUACAGGAGCCUGUGUGAAAGGUAUAAGAGGUGCAUUGCAGAGGACAAUAGCUCCAUUCACUUGUGAUAUCUUUCUGGUUUUCUCAUGGGGGAAGCUUCGAUUUCUUUGCUCUGAAAAGUUUCCUAGCUUGUAUUUUGUGUUGCUCUCUAAUCUGUGUUUGGUAUACUGCAAUCCCUGUUUUUCCUUUAUUGGCUGAUAAAUUGACAUUUUUGCUUCUAGAUACUGAGAAUACCCACAACGUUGUUCAUUGAUAAAUCUUUGGAAAAAAAAGCAUACAUAUUACAAACAUUUUUAAUGCGAACAAAUAGAAAGUCCUUUUUUUUUU